AGUGUAUAAAUUUUCGUUUGAUUAAUCUUAAUAAUUUUUCCCAACUUUUGAUUACAAGUUUACAGAGAUGAAAACACGCAUAGUAACAGCAAAAGCGUGUAACCACUUUUCUCUAUCUCAAACCUUUUAAUCAGAUUUUUGCUAUUUCUCUGCUUGAUUAUUCCUUUUACAAGAUUUCUUGGACCUAAAGUACUGAAAAUUUUGCCCACUUUUUCUAAGGUGCUUAUUUUGGUACAAAUAUUGGACAGAUUCUUCUUACAGAUAUACACUCCAUUUUAAGACCUCGUAUCGUUCACACAAUUUACUGGGUUCUAUUUAAUUUAGUUUACAUCUCCAGACUUGAAUCUUGGAUUAAGGCUUGAUUUUGAUCGAUUUGUUUCAAUUUUUUUCUGGGUGUCUUCAAUUUCAUGUUGUAGAUGUGUUGUGUUUAAUUUUCGAUCUUGAAGAUUGAAAGAUGAAGAUGAAGCUCCGAAAAUCAGUUCUUUUCUUGCUGAUGACUGCGGUUCUUGCUCCUAUUGUUCUUUACACUAAUAAUCUUGGAACCUAUUACACUUCACCUUCUUCUAGGAAUGAAUUUCUUGAAGAAGUUUCAUCCUUUACAUUUGGUGGUGAAAUCAGGCCUUUAAAUAUUCUACCUCAGGAGUCUUCUGCAAUACUGAAAGAACCAUUGGGGGCUGUUUAUUCUGAUAAUUCAAUUCAAUCUGUUUUAAAUUAUUCUGAUGAUUCGAUCCGGGAGAAUUCGCGAAUCACAAGACAACUCACUGAAGAAUCGUUGAGCACUAGUGAUGGCAACAAGCAGGAUGUGGACAGGAAUCCGAUUAGACUGCUGGUGACUGAUACUGUGCACGAAGCUCGGACUGAUGGGGAAAGUUCAAAGAAUAUUGAAUUAGCUGGGGGAAAGGGAAGCGAUGAAGCAAAAAUUGAUCCCGAGAAAGAAAAUAAUUCUCAAAAUCCCGAGCACAUAUUGGUCAAUUCCUCUGGAGGAAAGGAAACAAAACACGUGCAACAUUCUUCCCGAAGGUCAACCAAAAAUAGUAGAAGAGAACAAGGGAAGACUACAACUGAAAAAGAGAAUGAACGAACCAUUUUGCUGGAUGCACGUGUUCGUCAUCUUAAGGAUCAGCUCAUUAGAUCCAAGGUUUAUCUUUCCCUCUCUUCGACUCGAAACAAUCCCCAUUUUAUAAGAGAGCUCCGUUUGCGUAUGAAGGAAGUCCUACGAGCAAUUGGGGAUGCAACCAAGGAUUCCGAGCUUCCAAAAAAUGCCAACGAGAAGUUAAAAGCAAUGGAGCGAACUUUGGCGAAAGGGAAGCAAAUACAAGAUGAUUGUGCUGCUGUGGUGAAGAAGCUACGUGCAAUGCUUCAUUCGUCCGAAGAGCAACUCCAAGCUCACAAGAAGCAGACCUUGUUUUUGACGCAUUUAACUGCCAAAACAGUUCCUAAAGGACUUCACUGUCUUCCUUUGCGCCUAUCAACUGAGUUUUUCAUGUUAAAUUCUUCUCGACGGCAUUUUCCGAAUGAAGAAAAAUUAAUAGAUCCCAAGCUAUACCAUUAUGCACUAUUUUCGGAUAAUAUAUUGGCUGCAGCAGUUGUCGUAAACUCUACUAUAACUCAUGCAAAGGAUCCUUCAAACCACGUGUUCCACAUCGUCACUGACAGGCUCAACUACGCUGCAAUGAAGAUGUGGUUCUUGGCAAAUCCACCAGGCAAAGCUACAAUACAGGUUCAGAAUGUUGAGGAAUUUACAUGGUUGAAUUCGAGUUACAGUCCGGUUCUUAAACAGUUGGGUUCUUCGUCCAUGAUUGAUUAUUACUUCAAGACUCACCGUGUUGAAUCCGAUCCGAACUUGAAAUUCAGAAAUCCCAAGUACCUCUCUAUCAUGAAUCAUCUGCGCUUUUACCUCCCAGAGAUCUUCCCGAAGCUCAACAAGGUAUUGUUCUUAGACGAUGAUAUAGUGGUCCAAAAGGAUCUCACGGCUCUUUGGUCACUUGAUCUAAAGGGGAAGGUGAUUGGCGUGAUUGAGACGUGUAGAGAUAGCUUUCACCGCUUUGAUCGUUACCUUAACUUUUCAAACCCUCUUAUUUCGAAAAUUUUUGAACCUCAUGCUUGUGGUUGGGCAUUUGGUAUGAAUAUCUUUGAUUUGAAGGAAUGGAGGAAGCAGAAUAUUACAGACGUGUACCACAGAUGGCAAAAUCUGAAUCACGACAGACUUCUAUGGAAAUUGGGAACUCUGCCACCUGGUUUGAUAACCUUUUGGAAUCACACUUUCACUCUUGAUAAAUCGUGGCACGUCUUGGGGCUUGGCUAUAACCCAAAUGUGCCUCAAAAGGAAAUCGAGCGGGCAGCAGUCAUACAUUACAAUGGCAACUUGAAACCAUGGCUGGAGAUCAGCAUAUCAAAAUUUCGGAACUACUGGGCAAAAUAUGUCGAUUACAAUCACCUAUAUUUGCGAGAGUGCAACAUCAAUCCAUAAAUGACCUACAAUUUCUCCUCCGGGGACGUCUUUCCGGAUGACAGCCCCCGUUUAGUUCACAGGUCCGUGCACUCUCGAUUAUCACGCAAUGCUGCUAGUUGUUACAUGAUUCUUUAUAUUUUAUGCGUAGUUUUGCUCCGUGUUAACUUUUUUGAACUCAUUUUCGAGUCACUCACAUUGUAAAUCACUGGUCCGGUAUAAUAAAUUUGUUAGAAGUGUCGGAAGCCAUGUAUUUGUUGUCUU